AAAGGAGCAACCACCGGCACACUCUCCCCUUCGUUGCAUCUUCCCCGUGCAUUCCCCUUCCUCCUGAGAUAUGCCUCUUUAAAUAUAUAAUACUCUGACUGCGUCCCCUCCUCUUCCGUUGGACAUCCUUCCCACUAUCUCAACACUCAGACCCAAAACCCAGACGUGUUUUCUUACCAUGUAUUAAGGGGAUCAGAUCCAGCGCGUUAAGGAGAAGCCAACGAAACAGCGAUGUGGCUGGGGCGGUGUGUCGGUGAGCGCCGCGUCUGGCAUCUCCGGCGGGCGCUCCGCAGCGCCAAGCUCACCCUCCUCUGCCUCGCCCUCACUGUCCUCGUCCUCCGCGGCACCGUCGGCGCCGGCCGGUUCGGCACUCCCGAGCAGGACUUAAACCAGAUCCGCCUCCGCCUACGCCGCCCCCUCGUCGAGACCACCAUCUCCUCCUCCAAUUCUCUGGAUGACAGCGAGGAGGACCCCCCUCGCGACCCCUCGCAACCCUACUCGUUGGGCCCCAAGAUCUCCGACUGGGACGAGCAGCGAGCCGACUGGCUCCGCCGGCAUCCCGAGCGGCCCAGCUUCCUCGGGCCAAACAAGCCCCGGGUGCUCCUGGUGACGGGCUCCUCCCCCAAGCCCUGUGAGAACCCCGUGGGCGACCACUAUCUCCUCAAGUCCAUCAAGAACAAGAUCGACUACUGCCGCGUCCACGGCAUUGAGAUCUUCUACAAUAUGGCCCUGCUCGACGCCGAGAUGGCUGGAUUCUGGGCCAAGCUGCCUCUGAUCCGAUCCCUUCUGCUCGCGCACCCGGAGGUGGAGUUCUUGUGGUGGAUGGACAGCGACGCCAUGUUCACCGACAUGGCCUUCGAGCUACCCUGGGAGCGCUACGCCCCCUACAACCUGGUCAUGCACGGAUGGAACGAGAUGGUGUACGACGACCACAACUGGAUCGGCCUCAACACCGGCAGCUUCCUCCUCCGCAACUGCCAGUGGUCGCUCGACCUCCUCGACGCCUGGGCGCCGAUGGGCCCCAAGGGCAAGACCCGCACCGAGGCAGGCAAGGUACUCACCGCCUUCCUCAAGGACCGCCCCGUCUUCGAGGCUGACGACCAAUCCGCCAUGGUCUACCUCCUCGCGACCCGGCGCGACCAGUGGGGCGACAAGGUUUACCUCGAGAGCGCCUACUACCUCCACGGCUACUGGGGAAUCCUCGUCGAUCGCUACGAGGAGAUGAUCGAGAACCACCACCCGGGGCUGGGGGAUCACCGAUGGCCCCUCGUCACCCACUUCGUUGGCUGCAAGCCCUGCGGGAAGUUUGGGGACUACCCGGUGGAACGGUGCCUAAAGCAGAUGGACCGCGCCUUUAACUUUGGGGACAAUCAGAUCUUGCAGAUAUACGGGUUCACCCACAAAUCACUAGCUAGCCGGAGGGUGAAGAGGAUAAGGAAUGAGACCAGCAACCCUCUCGAUGUGAAGGACGAGCUCGGGUUGCUCCAUCCAGUGUUCAAGGCCACCAAGGUCAUCGAUGCUGCACAUUGACUGCAUCUCUUCCUGUCUUUCUAUAUCUAGAUGUUAUUUUUUGGCCCCAGUAUUAUCAUCCCCUUUUUUUUGGCAUGCCCAGCAAAGGUAAUAAUCAAUUGUGUUCAAAAUCGCCGAAGUUAGGUUGAAGAAUAUUGUUUCUCAUUGACUGUGUCAAUUUUACAUCCUUCAUGGAAAGGAAUCCAGAUUGCAACAACAAAUGUCAUCUUCAGUUUGAAAAGUCUCCUGCAGGCCAACAUGAUAUAAAAGCAUGAUGCCAGUGGGAGAAGUUUUGUUGUCCUCAGGCAAAAUCCCUUUCAGAACUGAGUUGCUGACAGAUUUGGAGGUUUGACUACCAUCAUAGAUAGCUCCAGAUCAAAGUAACGCACAAGCAGCUAAUUUUCUAGUGUGAUCCUCUACACCUACACCUGAACUGCAACAAGGACUUUUCAUAUCAUGCUUAUGUUAAAUAGGUGACACUAAGCAGCCAGUCCAUCAUGAAGAAAUACCAGUACAUCAUAAAAAUGCAAAGAAUAAACAUGGCAGGAGCUUCGAGGGACAGAGUAUGCAGACAAAGCUGCAUCAGAACCUAAAGCAGAAGCUCCUACUCCUUGGAUAGUUGUGUUUCCUGAUCUCAUAAAUGGGGGACUCACAGCCUGCACCUCUGCCACACUGGUCUCGAGCUUGCCAAUGGCUGCUGCUCAUUGGCUUCUCCAGGGUGGCUCCUCUGGAGUGAGGAUAGCCCGGGGAUGACAGCAGUUGUUCAUAUGGACUGAAGACUGGGGACUCUUUCCAGUAUGAUUGGUUGGCUCUCAUGCAACUCUCUAUCACUUCACAUUCCUCUCUAAAUCUCUUCUGCAUCUGUCUCAAGUUGUUCAUCACUUUAUAUGAACUUGCUUGUCCUGUGGACUGCCAGCAUCUCUGCCUGUGAACAUGCUCCUUGCUCCGAGAUCUCCUGUAGCAUUCCUUGCACAAGUUGCUCCACCUCUGGGAAUUGAAGGCAUUCCUUUUGGCUUUGUCAGAAAGACAUUCAUAUGCCUGCAGCAAAUAGUUUGUGCGCUCCAUUGAGGCUCGAGAAAGGGCAAAUGCAAGUGCUUUAUGUUAUGUGCAUCUGCAAAUGCAUAUAGUUUUGUGUGCUCCAUUGAGACUCGAGAAAGGACAAUGCCCAAACUUUUUGACUCUGUUUGUCCUUAACCAAGUUUUGUGCCAUAGCUGACUUGAUUUGAUUA